GGAAAAGCAGCGGCACAAGUACCCAAGGGACAGAAAGAGAGAGGUGGGGGCGGAUGACAAGAAACGGUGACAACAUCUAGAGUGAGUGACGGCAGGAGCGGUGAAGAAGGCAAAGAGACAUCACAACUACUAGCAAGACAGACCUGCCGUAAGAGCCCGACGCACAUUGUUGUGAAGCCGUUACACAGCUGACCCGACACACCGAGAAACACGCACGAGGAGACGACUCACAAGUUCACCUUCACUGUGCAUGACAAAGUCCGUGAUGGCUGGCACUUUGCUGGCAAGGAGGAGAGCCCAAGUUCUGGCAGGCCUGCUGUUGACCCUGGCAACGGUUGCCAACGGGCUGAUGGUGCGGCAGUUGCCGGGCGAUGGUGAUGAUGCUGAAGCUCGGGGGGAUGCUGUGAAGCAGCUACUGAGGAGGGUGAAGAGGGGCUGGGUGUGGAACCAGUUCUUUGUCCUGGAGGAGUACACUGGGUUGGAGCCUCUCUACAUCGGCAAGCUGCACUCGGACAUGGACCAAGGGGACGGCAACAUCCUCUACAUCCUGUCAGGGGACGGCGCCAACACCACCUUCACCAUCGACGACAGCACUGGGGACAUCCACGCCAUCCAGAGGCUGGACCGGGAGGUCAAGUCCCAGUACGUGCUCCGAGCCCAGGCAAGGAACCGUCAGACGGGCCUGCCCCUCGAACCCGAGUCCGAGUUCAUCGUCAAGAUCCAGGACAUCAAUGACAACGAACCCAAGUUCCUGGAUGGACCCUACACGGCCACUGUGCCAGAAAUGUCACCAAUAGGGACGUCUGUGAUCCAGUUAACGGCGACCGAUGCUGAUGACCCCACGUAUGGUAACAGCGCCAGAGUGGUCUACAGCAUCCUUCAAGGGCAGCCCUACUUCUCAGUAGAGCCUAAGACAGGUAUAGUGCGUGUGUCCUUGGCCGAUAUGGACCGGGAGGUGCGGGAUGUCUACCAGGUGGUGAUCCAGGCCAAAGACAUGGGAGGGCAGCUGGGGGGUCUGGCGGGGACCACCACAGUCAACAUCACCCUCAGUGACGUAAAUGACAACCCACCCAAGUUCUCCCAGAAACUUUACCAGAUGAGCAUUCCGGAAUCGGCCCCGGUAGGUUCCGUGGUGGGACGCAUCCAAGCGAAGGACCGCGACGAGGGCGUGAACGCUCAGAUGACCUACCGUAUCAUUGACGGAGACGGCCGAGACACAUUCAAGAUCGCCAACGACCCCACCAACAUGCUCGGCAUCAUCACUGUGAAAAAGAGCCUGAACUUCGAGGGCAAGCAGAGCUACACGCUGAAGGUGGAGGGCUCCAACACACACUUGGACCCUCGCUACUCCCACAAGGGCCCGUAUAGAGACGUCACCAUUGUGCACAUCAGCGUCGAGGAUGUAGACGAGCCGCCGGAGUUCCGCGUGCCAUUCUACUACGUGGAGGUGUUGGAGGACGCCGAGAUCGGAACCAUCUUCACCUCCGUGUCGGCCCGGGACCCUGACGCUGCCAACAACUCCAUCAGGUACUCCAUAGAGAGAUUCAGCGACCCCGGGAAAUACUUCUACAUUGACAUCACAUCCGGGUCACUGAUGACCCUGCUGCCACUGGACAGAGAGGAGAAGGCCUGGCACAACAUUAGUGUGCUGGCCAUGGAAAUGAAUAAUCCCAGUCAAAUCGGAAGUGUCUUUGUAGCAAUAAGGAUUAUGGAUGUCAACGACAACCCACCUCUACUCACACACUACUAUGAGGCCUUUGUGUGUGAGAAUGCCAAAGCUGGACAGUUGAUCCAGACUAUCACAGCGACAGACUCUGACGACCCAAUAGGAGGCCAGCAUUUCUACUACAGCCUGGCGCCUGAAGCUAUCAACAACCCCAACUUCACCAUCAGAGACAACCAAGACAACUCUGCGUGGGUGCUGACGCGUCGCGGCGGUUGGUCGCAGCGAGAGCAGAGCGUCUUCCAGCUGCCCAUCCAGGUGUCGGACGGCGAGGUGCCGGUGCAGAGCAGCACGGCCACGCUGACGGUGCGCGUGUGCAGCUGCGACGCCGACGACAACGUGCUGUCCUGCAGCGCCGAGGCCUACACGCUGCCCGCCAGCCUCAGCCGCGGGGCGCUCAUCGCCAUCCUGGCCUGCAUCCUGGUCCUCCUGGUCAUGAUCCUGCUGAUGUUGUCUUUGAGGAGUCAUCGUAAGAAGCCGUACCUGACUGAUGAGGAGGAGAACGUUCACGAGAACAUUGUGCGCUAUGACGAUGAGGGCGGUGGUGAGGAGGACACGGAGGCCUUCGACAUCGCCGCGCUCUGGAACCCUCGGGAGGCCCAGGCCACACCUCCCCACGGCCACGCCCACCGACACCCGGGGUCAUGGUCAUGCAGACAGGACAUGCAGCCGGAGAUCCAGACGCUGUCGCGGCACGUGCCCCAGGCCCCCCUGCUGCCCCCGGCCAGCCUGGCCCUGGCGGACGGUGGCGGCUGCGGGGUGCACGGCUACGUGCUGGCCAAGCUGUACGAGGCCGACCUGGACCCCUGUGCGCCGCCCUACGACUCGCUGCAGACCUACGCCUACGAGGGCGAGGGCUCGGUGGCCGACUCGCUCAGCUCGCUGCAGUCGGCCGCCUCGCACGCCGACCACGACUACGACUACCUGAGCGAGUGGGGGCCGCGCUUCUACAAGCUGGCCCAGAUGUACGGAGCUGUGGACGAGCACGCCGGGCCCUGCUAGCAUCUCCAGCAGGACGCAGCACACAG